AUGGGCACAUGGGUGUAUAAAGGGGGGUGCUUGAGGGUGCAAACCCAUGGUGUGGGGGCACAGCCAAUGGUGGCAGGGGGCAUGGACACGGGUGCACACAUGCACAUGGAAACAUGGAUACCCCUCUGGAUGGGCCACGUCAGCGUGGGCACAUGGGUAGGGAUAGAUGGAUGGACAGCUGGAUGCUGAGGCUGGCUGUGCCCCCACCACCCCCUCAGUGCCUUGGCACUGCUAGACCAUGCUCAGUGGCACGCAGAGGUGGCCCCAAACCAGUCUUGGGGGACAAAGCACCCUGAAGCCUCACUUGGGUUCUGGAUAAGGGCACUGGGCAUGGGGGCUGUUUUAUGGACCUGCAGCCCUUGUCUUAAACCCAGGUUGAAGCUGGAUCCCUGUGCCCCCAGUCUUCUUCUCAACCCCUUGAGGAAUUGCCACAGGCAGGGUGGCCCUGCCAAAGUCCACUGUCCUUCCCUGGGGUACUGGUGGCCACUCUCUGCCUCACUUUUCUUUGUGCCCUGGUGGGUGGGCACCCUGCUGUGGUCUCCCUGAGCUAACCCUGUCAGUAUUUCACUCUCGACAGUAUGCACGCACACACUCCCUGAGGACAUGAUGGGGUCCCAUCUGAGAUUGUCUGGGGGCAGCUGGCUCGUGCCCAGGGGAGGGCUGGGGGUGGCCUGGCAUUGCCCACCCCUCUGUGCCGCCCCAUCCCCAUGGGAUCUGCCCCAGCCCUGCCAGCUGGGAUAGGGGGAGCCAGGCAGGGUGGGUGCUUCUCCACCCCAUCACCCAUCUGUUCUUCCACAUGUGCACCCACCCAGCCUCCUGCCUGUCUGUCCCUGCCUCUAUCCACCUGCCUACCCUGGGGGUGGUCCCCAGUCCUGGGCACAGGGACAUGCCUGUCCUUUGCCACUGUGCUCCCGGAGGUGGUGGCCGCUGGGUGUGGUGGGGUGCCGGUGCCUGAGCCAGGGGAGUGGUACCACCUGCCAGGGGUGACAGGAGUCACGUUGCCAUGGUGCGUGGUGCCACUUUGUCCUCUUGGGGCCAAUAAAGGCGCUCAUUGCCUUGGGUGCAGAGUGCAGGCACGAUAGCAGCAGGUGACAAAAGCUCACCUCCAGGAGCAGGAUCCAGACGUGCCCCAGCUCUCCGCCCAAAAAUGCCGAAGCUCUUGCAGCCCCUCUCGCUCCUGCUCCUGCUCGUCCUCGCUUCCACUGCCCAGGGACAGGCUGGCACGGGCCCCAAGGUGCUGCAGCCAUGGCUCAUUGGCCUCACGGCCGUCGUCGUCUUCCUCUUCGUCGUCUUCGUGGUGCUGCUCGUUAACCGGCUCUGGAGUCUCAGGAAGAAGAGGAAGGAAAACGACAACCCGGAGACCCUGGAGACUGACAGGCUGGAGCGCUCCGGCCACGUCAACCCGGCAGCUGAGGACUGGGAAGAGCUGAAGGACGACAAGCAGCAGAGCAAGGCCACGGCCACGUCCCUCUGAGUGCCCCCCGCACCUCUCUGCCCGCUCCGGAGCGCCUCUGACGGGCGCCGCACCCUCACCCCGUCCGCGGGGCGCGGAUCCGCCCCGGGUUUCGGCGGCAGCCGCGGCCACCGUGGCACCUCCCGCCCCGCGGCCGGCCCGGCUGUGACCAAGACCCGGCGCGGAUCGCCCGCUCGCCGGAGCUGAGCAGGGAGGGCGGCGGCCGCGGGCGGCAGCGGGGCCUCCCCGUGCCCCCCGACCCUGGGCCGGCGGGGGUCCCGGCCCGGGGGGACAACGACAGCCCCCUCCCCAGACGUGCCCACUAAAGGUUUCCCCAGCCUACCCCGGCGUCAAGCGUGUUGUGUCACCGUGCGGGGAGGGGGCUGUCCGGCACCCCUGGGUGCCACUCGGGCAGGGGACAAUGGCAAGUUCCAAGCUGCCAGACCCCGCUGACCUCGGCAGGGCGGGAGGGGCUCUCCGGCCACAUCGCUGCCAGACCAGCCCGGACCGAGGGGUGGGCACCGAGGGGACACGGGGGGUGGGGGGCCUCGCCCUGAGGCUUUCCUGAGCAGCGCUUGGGGACAGGGACUGUGGGCAGCGCGGGGGUGAAGCGCAGCUUCGGCCAACGCCGAUCUACGGGUGACGACAGCGGCGUCAUUCCGCCAGGCGGUGACGUCACGUGCACGAGGUGGUGACGUCCCGUGGCCAAGGUCUGAAGCAGAGGAAGUGGCAGCAGCUCCGAACUCCCACGUGAAGCGCGGCUGCCCCCACCCAUGUCCUGUCCCCACAUGUCCCGUCCCCGCCGCCUGCGGCCGGGGCUGCGCGCUGCGGGCUCCCGGCUCCGCCACCCUGCUCUGCCGGGCCAAGGGCGGCCACGGCUGCGGCUCCCUCCGCGGCGGUGCUGGGUGUCCCUGCGGGGCAGGCUCCGCUCUCCCCAGUGCCCCCCGUGCCCUCCUCCUCCGCCGGGACACCCGUGUUCUCCCCGCUUGGGCACCGUGCCUCAGUUCCCCCGGGGCAGCGAAGGAAGGGCGGAGGCGAGCUGGAGUUGAAGCAUAGCUUGUUUAAUUUUUAUACAUUUUUUUUUUUGGUCUUUUUUUUUCGUUUUCAUUUUUUAAUCUUUUUUUUGUGUGUCAGUUUUUUCUUUUUUG